AUGGCUACCAAUGUAGUGCGCUGCGCCCACCAAGCAGAGGCCGGCCAGCACCCUAACCGCAAGCGACUCAUCUUAUGCUGCGAUGGAACUUGGAACAACUCAAAUGACAAAGCGGAUCCGGCCAGCAACGUCAGUCGCCUUUCCGGCGCUUUCGCUCGCAAGUGCUGCUCCGGUAUGCCCCAGAUCGUUUACUACCACCCUGGGGCCGGAACCGAGGUUUUUAAUACUGCGAAGGUCCUCGGAGGGAUGUUUGGAGCUGGUAUUCCUCAGGAUAUCGUCGAAAGCUAUCGCUUCAUCUGCGACAAUUACAGACCCGGCGACGAGAUCGUCAUCAUCGGCUUCUCGCGCGGUGCCUUCACGGCCCGUUCCGUCGCCGGCAUGGUGUGCGCGCUUGGCUUCCUCAAUCGCGCCGGCAUCGACCAGCUGCCACAUAUCUUCCGCGACUACAAGAAUUGGCUGACGUGGACGAGAGAGUCUCGGUACAACAAAAAGGACCAGCUCUUGGGCUUCACGCUCGACAACUUGCGGAGGGUAAAGAAGAUGCAAGAGUUCAGGAUCGAGAAGGGUUCGAAGGAGGACGUGGAGAUAACGCAAGAGGCGCUUGACGCUGAGAAGAAGAAACUGUUCGAAGAGAUGUCGAAGAUACAAGACUCUGACCCUGGUAGAAGGACUAGGACGAUGGCGGAGAAAUACCGAGAUAUGCUCGUCAGACACGAAAUGUCCUUAGCUACCCGAACUAACGACCAGGACGGAAAUGCGGUGUUUGUGGCAGUGGAGGGAAUGGUCAGAGCAAUCGGUGUCUGGGAUACCGUGGGCAGCCUUGGCAUACCGAAGCUUCCCCUGUUCCACAAUGGCGACCCUCGAACCGGAGAGAUUCGGUUCGAAAGUCUUAAUGUGCACCCCAAUAUCGACUACGCCUUCCACGCUAUUGCUCUAGACGAAUGGCGCACCGCUUUUAGCCCUACUAUGUGGGAUAAAAGGGAGGACAAUGAGAACACGAAACUUCGUCAAGUCUGGUUCCCAGGCAGCCAUGGCAAUGUCGGGGGCGGCUGGCAAGACCAACAAAUUGCAACCAUCGCUCUUGCGUGGAUGGCCGAUCAACUGACGUCGAUUGGAGUUGAGUUCAGCAGGACGGAGAUGUUCCGUAUCUUCUAUUCGGUCAACCCCGGCGUCGAGGUCCGGAAGUGGGGCAUGGGUCGCAUCUACCACCCAACCGGCGUAACCACGAUACCCGACAAGUUCCACAGAUGGGCCACGCUGCCGUAUCGCAAAAUUACCGGAGCGGACACCGGCUUCACUACGCGCACGCCGGGCAUGUACAACGCUGACGGCAAGAACGACAAGUCGCUGAAUGCACCCGAAGAGUACGUGCACCCGUCGGUGCGGAUCCGCUACCAAUACUACGGCCGGCAUCUGGACGAUGUCAAUGUCUGGGACUGCCGUGCCCUGAUUGGGAACGGCUAUAAACUCAAAAAAGGGCCGUUGCCGAAUAUGUCCCGGCCGGGCCACGUGGCAGAUGCUUUUGACAUCUAUCACAGCGUGGGGGGACCGGUGACUCCAUUCUACAACUUCCCGACGAGCGUGGCGACGACACCGCUGGUCCGCGUCGAGGGGCCCCGCAAGAAUCAUGUAUGGUCGCUCGACGAGCCGAGCAACCAGUGGUUCUGGGAAAAAGGCGAAAAUAAGCUGCUCGAGGAGUGCAUCGGUAUUUGGGAGCGCAUGUUUAUCCGGGCCAACUGCUUGCUGCUACAAAAACAGCAGAAGGAUCUGGCGGCAGGCCAAGAGGAUGGGAGGGCCGAGGAGGACGUGCAAACGCGACAACAUUCGGAUUCAUACAUUACGACGUACGGGUAUCACGAUAUUAUACCAUGGCAAGAGCCCUACGCCACCACGUGA